UUGGAAAAAUCUUCUUCUUCUGAAAUUUUAUAGAAACCAAACCAAGUCCAUUUUUACAACUGGUCUUUAACAAUAUAUUCAAGCCCAUAUGUUUAUGGCAGUACUCUUGUUCAGUCUCUCUCUUUUUCUCCUGGUUCCUGCGCCCGCCCUUCACGGCUACGAUUGAAUCUUUUCUCAACAAGAAUAUAUCACCUAGCUAGCUCCAGAUUUUCAUUUCUUGAUACAUGCAUCAUUUUAUUCUCUGUGAUCGUUGGAUUUGACCGGCUUUACAUGGAGCAAUACUUGAAAGAAAACUUUGUAGUUGAUGCAAAGAGACCCUCCGAACAAGCUUUAAGAAGAUGGAGAUCUGCAGUUUCAGUCGUCAGGAAUCCUCGCCGGAGGUUUCGAAUGGUUGCUGAUCUUGCCAAAAGAGCUGAAGCUGAAAGGAAACGUAAAAAUCUCCAGGAAAAGAUACGGAUAGCUCUUUAUGUCAACAAGGCAGCAUUGCAUUUCAUCGAGGCUGCUAAAGUAGUUGAGCACAAGCUCUCAGACAAUGUCAGGCAAACUGGUUUUGGCAUUGGACCGGAUGAACUAGCAGCGCUCGCUCGGUCCCAUGAUAUCAAUGACUUGGAAUCUCAUGGAGGAGUUGAGGGAUUGGCCAGAGAAGUAUCUGCUUCCUUGAAUGAUGGGGUUGUCUCGAGUGAUAUAUCUCUUAGGCAAAAUAUAUACGGCUUCAACCGAUAUGCUGAGAAACCUGCCAGAUCUUUUUGGAUGUUUGUAUGGGAUGCUUUGCAUGAUUUGACGUUAGUUAUUCUGAUGGUGUGUGCUGUGGUCUCCAUUGGUGUUGGUAUUGCAACUGACGGUUGGCCGAAUGGAAUGUAUGAUGGGGUGGGAAUAGUAAUAUGCAUUUUGCUAGUAGUGAUGGUCACUGCAAUCACUGACUACAAGCAGGCCUUGCAAUUCAAGGUCCUGGACAAGGAGAAGAAGAAUGUUAUUGUUCAGGUUACCAGAGAAGGGAUCAGACAGAAGGUUUCUAUCUUCGAUUUGGUGGUUGGAGAUGUUGUUCAUCUAUCAAUUGGAGAUCUGGUUCCUGCAGAUGGCAUUCUUAUAUCAGGCCACAGCUUAUCAGUUGAUGAAUCCAGCUUGUCAGGAGAGAGUGAGCUAGUGGACAUAAAUAAAAAGAGGCCCUUUCUUCUAUCAGGUACCAAAAUACAGGAUGGGUCUGGUAAAAUGCUGGUGACAGCAGUCGGUAUGAGGACUGAAUGGGGUACGUUGAUGGUUCAUCUGAGCGAAGUGGAUCAAGAUGAGACACCAUUACAGGUGAAGCUUAAUGGAGUUGCAACUAUUAUUGGGAAAAUUGGUUUGGCUUUUGCUGUGAUAACUUUUUUGGUUCUGCUGGUACGGUUUCUAUUGGUGAAGGCAGACCACCAUGAGAUCACAAAAUGGUCUAGUAGUGAUGCUUUGAAGCUUCUAAAUUUCUUUUCGAUUUCUGUAACCAUAAUUGUUGUUGCAGUUCCUGAAGGGCUUCCAUUAGCAGUGACACUUAGUCUUGCAUUUGCAAUGAAGAAACUAAUGCACGAUAGAGCACUGGUGAGGCAUCUUUCCGCAUGUGAAACAAUGGGUUCUGUUUGUUGCAUUUGCACAGAUAAAACUGGAACAUUGACUACAAAUCAUAUGGUGGUGAACAAAAUAUGGAUCUGUGAAGAAACAAAAUCAAUACAAACUAAUAGCAAUAAAGAUUUAUUAAUGUCCUCUUUCUCAGAAAAUGUGCAUGGAAUCCUUUUGCAAUCUAUAUUUCAGAACACAGGAUCAGAGGUAACCAAGGGAAAAGAUGGAAGGGAUAACAUUUUGGGGACGCCGACGGAGACAGCAAUAUUAGAGUUUGGAUUAAUUUUAGGAGGCGAGUUUAAAACAUAUCAUAACGAAUCUGAGAUAGUGAAAGUUGAGCCUUUCAACUCAGAAAAGAAGAAGAUGUCUGUGCUUGUUUCUCUUCCUAACAACGGUGGGUUUCGAGCAUUCUGCAAAGGUGCAUCAGAAAUAAUUUUGAAAAUGUGUGACAAGAUGUUAACUGCUGAUGGAAAAGCUGUGCCGCUAUCUGAAAAGCAAAGACAGAAAAUCACAGAUGUCAUAAAUGGUUUUGCCUGUGAAGCUCUACGAACUCUAUGCUUGGCUUUCAAGGAUAUGGAGAAUACUUCUGGUGCAAAUAGCAUGCCUGACAAUAACUAUACAUUAAUCGCUGUCGUUGGAAUUAAGGAUCCUAUACGCCCUGAGGUGAAGGAAGCUGUUAAGACUUGUUUAGAUGCUGGAAUUACUGUGCGUAUGGUCACUGGUGACAAUAUCAACACUGCAAAAGCCAUAGCUAGGGAAUGUGGCAUCUUGACAGAUUAUGGCCUGGUAAUUGAAGGGGCAGAUUUCCGUUGUAAGAGUCCUCAGGAGUUGGAGGAGAUAAUACCAAAUCUUCAGGUUAUGGCCCGAUCAUCACCUUCGGACAAGCAUAAAUUGGUGACUCAAUUGAGGAGUGUAUUUAAGGAAGUUGUGGCAGUGACUGGAGAUGGUACUAAUGAUGCUCCAGCCUUGGCCGAGGCAGAUAUCGGACUUGCUAUGGGCAUAGCAGGAACAGAGGUUGCAAAAGAAAGUGCUGAUGUUAUUGUAAUGGAUGACAACUUUAAAACUAUAGUGAAUGUUGCAAGAUGGGGUCGAUCAGUUUAUAUUAACAUUCAGAAGUUUGUUCAGUUCCAGUUAACAGUCAAUGUUGCUGCUCUCAUGAUAAAUUUCAUUUCUGCGUGCAUCUCUGGCGAUGAGCCAUUGACCACUGUUCAGCUGCUUUGGGUGAACUUGAUCAUGGACACUCUUGGUGCGUUGGCAUUGGCUACAGAACCUCCUCAUGAUGGACUGAUGAAAAGACCUCCAAUUGGUAGGAAUGUAAACAUAAUCACCAAGACAAUGUGGAGGAAUAUCAUUGGACAAAGCAUCUAUCAAAUAAGUGUCCUUGUCAUCCUCCAGCUUGAUGGGAAACAUCUACUGAAGCUUUCUGAUUCAGAUGAUACUAAAAUCCUGAAUACUUUCAUAUUUAAUACCUUUGUGCUUUGCCAGGUGUUCAAUGAAAUAAACAGCCGAGAUAUGGAGAAGAUAAAUGUGUUCAAAGGCAUCUUUAGUAGCUGGAUUUUCUUGGCUGUCAUGUUCUCCACAGUUACUUUCCAGAUUGUAAUAGUUGAAUUCUUGGGCACAUAUGCUAAUACUGUGCCACUAAGGUGGGAAUUAUGGUUGGCCAGUGUCUUAAUCGGAGCUGCAAGUUUAGUCAUUUCUGUCAUCCUGAAGUGCAUUCCUGUUGGAACAAACAAAGAUGACAACACUGCCAAGCAUCACGACGGUUAUGAGCCUCUUCCUAGUGGUCCAGAUAUGGCCUGAGAAUAUAUGAUGGAUAAACUCAUGAAGGGUCUAAAGCAGAAUUCUGUAGGCAGCAUGAAAUGAAAUCAGCAGCCAAAACCAAGCUGUAUAUAAUAUUGAUGACGCUUGGUCUUAUUUGCACUUUGCAGGUAUAGCUUAAACACAUAUUUCCUUCUAUUAUUUGAAGCAAGGUCCUGUAAAUGAAAUGACAAACACCAAUCCAACAUUUUUCCAAUACCUCAAUCUUUGUUGUAUUGCAGUUUGCUUAGAUUGCCUGCUGAGAUCAUGGCAGAUACGGCAAAAAAUUGUAUGUUUGGAGUAGGAAACUUGAGGGAUUUGUUUACAAACACUGCAAGUUUGAUUCAUGAAAGAUCAUUGUGAGUUUCAUUUUAUCAAAAUCGUGUCAUUUAUAGACGGAUGAGAAAACAAUAAAUCUGCAAUACAAAAACUGAAGGAUUUGAACCCUUUAUUAUUAUUAUUAUUAUUAUUUUUUCUUGAA